AUGGCUAUGGUUUCUUGGCUUAUAGUUUCGAUUUUACUGCUAUGCCUGGUACAUACGGUGAAAAGGGUGAACGAUAGACGUAGGAUCCCGCCUAAUAUUCGGCCACUACCUGGACCGAAGUCCCUGCCUCUAAUCGGCCGCAUCCAUGAUAUUCCAGUGAAUUCGUCGUGGUUGAAGUUCUACGAAUGGAGCAAGGAGUAUGGCCCAAUAUAUCAGACUAAAAUGUUUGGUACGGUCCACGUCUGGAUUUCAACAGAGCGAAUCGCGAUGGAUCUGCUUUCGCGGCGGGCACGCAACUACUCAGACCGGCCACAGAUUCCUAAUCUUCCUGAUAAUCGAACAAGCGGACACUACCUUGCGCUGUCGGGGCAUAAUGGUACUUGGAAACGCCAGCGGAAGCUCUGCCAACAGUUGAUGAGCGUAACGGCUAACGCCUCGCUAUAUGAUUACCCAACAAAAGAACGGGAUCGCUUCUUAUAUCUCCUAUCACGCGACCCGUCACAAUAUCGGGAAUACGUCGAGCAAUUCACAUCACGAACAGUAGCGCGGCUCUCUUGGGGUAGUCCCCAUCCUGCCCAGCUUUUGCGAGUGACGACUUCCGGUCUCCUCGAAACCAUCUCCCCUACAGGCGCCCUGCCUAAUGCUGUGCCCUGGCUUAUGCAUAUACCUAGAUUUAUAAGUCCGUGGAAGCAGAAAGAAAAUGCCCGACAUAGACUCGAAGCUGGACUUCUGAAGGGGAGUGUUCGGUACGUACGCGACCGCAUUAGCGAGGGGAACGCCGAACCAAGUUUCGUACAUACAUUCAUAAACCAACCGAGCAGCCUAAAUGAUAAGAGUAAAGGGGGCGACGAGGCCGAGGCCGAAGCCACGUAUGUUGUCGGGCAAAUGGCCAUCGCCGGAGCCUUGACGAUUGGAAGUCCGAUCCAGAGCUUUAUACUUGCCAUGUUGCAUUAUCCCGAGUGGCAGAGAAGACUCCAAGAUGAAAUAGAUACCGUAUGCGAAGGAAGGUGUCCCGAAUGGGAAGAUCGUGAAAAGUUGCCGAUGCUUCGUGCCGCCGUGAAGGAAACGGUUCGGUGGCGCCCCCCGGUCCCGACAGGAAUUCCACACGCGAUAGAAAACGAUGAUGUCUAUGACGGUUAUUUUAUUCCUGCCGGUGCUACUAUUCAUGCCCUGGAGUGGGCUAUUACCCGCGACGAGUCCGUAUAUCCAGACGCGGAUACUUUCAAUCCUGCUCGGUGGCUAGAAUCGAAGUAUCCUACCUAUAAGGAGCCGCUUUCCGUAUACCCAAACCUCAGCGGUUUCAGUCAGUUCGGCUUCGGCCAGCGCACGUGCCAAGGCGUUCCAAUCGUAGAGCAAGAUCUAUUCUUGACGAUGGGUGGGAUGGUGUGGGCUUUCAAUAUCCGGAAGAAAUGCCGGGAAGACGGUAGCGAAAUACCCGUGCAUUGGAAUGACUACACGCCGUUGCUCAUAGCCAAGCCGGCGCCAUUCGAAUUCGACGCGGUGGUCCGAAGCAAGAUAAAGGAGAUAACUCUAAGGCAGAUGUGGGAAACAGGUAAAGGCGAGGACGACGAAGAGGAAGAGCGGAAUGAAUUCCUUAUACAGACGCGGAAAGAAGAUAUCGUAGAUAUAGUAGAGGCCACGGAGGCAGCGCAUGAAGAUGAUACUGCAAGUGAUCGCGGCUCGGAAAUACUCAAUCAGCCACCCCACUCAACAUCGGUACCCUCUGACUCGGGUGCUCUCGAUUCACGGGCGUUACCCCAGAAUACUGUACAGGCCGCUUGUCUUGGAUGCAGAGGAAAACAUCUAAAAUGUGAUGGGAAGUAUCCGUGCUCGCGCUGUCAAACGUCAGAAUCCGAAUGUGUCUACGUGGCUUCUCGUCGCGGUUAUAAAGGACCAAGAAAGAAUGCCGUCUCAAACCCAAAUAAGCGUCAGGCAACUGACUCUCCGCCGUCUGCCGGCAGUGAUAGUUGUCCGAUGCUGUUAGGUGCGACGGUUUCAACCGCUGCGCCUCCGAGCUUAGCGACCUUUAAUCCGGCCAUGGUAAUCCCCGAGUCGCCCGCAACGCCAUUUGUGCCCCCUGGCAUGAACGGCCUUCAAUUGUAUAGAAAUCCUUACCUUAAUGGUACUAAUGGUGCUCUGGUAGAGGCAAACUCACGACCACAGACGAUUCCGGAGCGUUGUAUCGAUGCCUUUUACUAUUUUUUCUACCCCGGUCACCCUGCUGUUCUACCAAAGGACUACCUGCUCAAGAUGUCGAAAGAGAGGGACCUUAAUCACUUGCUCGCAGCGAUGAGGUGGGUUGGGUCUUUAUAUAUCGACGCCGGUCCUUCUCGUGCUACGUUCUUCGAAGAGGCCAUGCGUUUGGUUUACGCUCCGAACGUUGUCAAGGAUGGUUACCUGGUUCAAGCUAUGGUCAUCGUUCUCAUAGGACUAGAUGGCAACUGCCAACAGGAAAAGGCACGCGAAAUUCUGUCCGACGUGGAGCGGAUCGCCAUAGAAAUAGGCCUCUAUACGAGGGCUUACGCCACGACGCACGGAUGCCAUAUCCCAAGGCUAGAAGAGAGUUGGCGACGGACGUGGUGGGACUUAUUCGUCGUAGACGGAAUGGUUGCCGGAGUGCACCGUCACACCAAUUUCCUCCUCUUUGAUAUCGUGGCUGAUGUUGGCCUUCCAUGUGAAGAACAUGAAUAUACGUCAGGAAAUAUCCCACGUCCGAUGCUUUUGGAGGAGUUCGACGAUCAGAUUUUCUCUGGAGAAGAACGAGAGUUCUCCUCGUUCGCCUACCGUGUUGCAUCCAUAAGGAACCUCGGGCGCAUGAUGCGACUAAGUGGUUAUCCGAGUGACGAGAAUGUCAACAAGAUCGAAACGUUGCUUUCUAACUGGAGGAUGCAUUUGCCGCAAUCGAAGCAGCAUAGUCUGAAUAAGAACUGUCAACCAGACGAGAUGAUGUUCCAAGCGCACAUGAUUAAUCAUGCUUGCUCAAUAAUGUUGCAUCAGCCUCUUUCACAGCUAGAUUCGUCGCCGGCGCGUGAAGUGACGGCUUGCGCGCCACAUCGGGCAGUCCAGAGUGGUGACCAUUUCAAUAUCCACACUAGGCACAUCAUCACAGCUUCGUGCGAGAUCAGCAAGAUGGUUACGUAUAACGUGCCAAUUACUAGCCAUACGCAUUUUUUCACGUGUGUGCUAACCCUUUCCUCAAUCGUCCAUCUUAGCAAAUGGGCCCUCGAGUACUUCAUCCAAGACGAAGAUGAACUUCGACAACAAAUCCGACUAAAUAUCGGAGCUCUAAACAAGCUCAGCGGCGUUUGGAAGGCGGCCAGUACGGCGUCAAGCCAAGUCAAGGGUGUCGCACAGGAGAUAUACCGCGCUAAGAGGGCGCAGCAGAAUAAUCCUUCGUUCUGGGUCGGAUUCACGCAGGAAGAAAUGAUCAGCAGCAUGGCGACCGACGAGGGCAUUAUGUCUGAGAUCAACACUAUGCUCACAAGCGCACCGAGUGCACCUUGA